GCAUCAUACCAAUCAAAUUGCUGCAUCAUAUCAAUCAAAUUGCUGCAUCAUACCGAUCAAAUUGCUGCAUCAUAUCAAUCAAAUUACUGCAUCAUACCAAUCAAAUUGCUGCAUCAUACCAAUCAAAUUGCAGCAUCAUACCAAUCAAAUUGCUGCAUCAUACCAAUCAAAUUACUGCAUCAUACCAAUCAAAUUGCAGCAUCAUACCAAUCAAAUUGCUGCAUCAUACCAAUCAAAUUACUGCAUCAUACCAAUCAAAUUACUGCAUCAUACCAAUCAAAUUGCAGCAUCAUACCAAUCAAAUUACUGCAUCAUACCAAUCAAAUUGCAGCAUCAUACCAAUCAAAUUACUGCAUCAUACCAAUCAAAUUGCAGCAUCAUACCAAUCAAAUUACUGCAUCAUACCAAUCAAAUUGCUGCAUCAUACCAAUCAAAUUGCUGCAUCAUACCAAUCAAAUUGCUGCAUCAUACCAAUCAAAUUGCUGCAUUCCGUGA